GUUUUGUACCGUCGUGCGUGCGUAAUGAAUCAUUUUUGUAACAUAUUAAUAAAUUAUAUGGAAUAUAAUUGACGUGAUGAUCGAAUUUUUGAAUUUAUAUAAAUAUUCGAUUCGUAAUUGACCGUUUGUUUGUGCGUGGUUUCGGCUGUUAUAUUUUAACUGUUUAUAGAUAAUUACUCGCGAACGUAACAGAUGCGUGUGAUAAAUUAAACGUUUAAAUCAACGUAGAGGACGAGUUUUACUGGUUUGUGUAACAACUUAAUGGAAGGACAUAGGAUUAAAAGAAUGCUAUACUUGGAUUUCUUAAUCCUGUUGGUAUUUGGAUGUUUUGCAAGCUGUUGGAUUCAUAAAUGUCCCAGAAUGGAAGAUAUUCACCCGUGUUUUUGCAGUUCGCACCAUACUAGAAAUCCGCAUGUUCCUGACACCAUCGUAGUUUGCCAAAAUAUCAAUAAUGAAAAAAUUUUAAUGACUUCAUUACGUGAGAUGAAGAACUACAGCAUAGACGUUCUUAUUUUCGAUCAUUGUGUAAUUCCAUCAUUUCCGAACGAUAUUCUCAAAGAUAUUCGCAUAGGAACUAUAGAAUUAAUAAGAAGUACCGUGCAACUUAAUAACAAAUUUGUAGAAUGUAUAAAUCAUUGUUAAUAUGAAAUACUAGAUCUUGCAUUUUAUUAUGCUAAUAAUAAUACAUUUCCAGAAUAACAAAUAUUAAAAAAUUAUAAAUUAUAAAUAAAAUAUUUUAUGUCGUUUCAUACACAGUAUAAGUGAUUUGCAUAAUGUAUAAGAUUGUAAGCUUAAAUAUGAGAUCAUUGUUGUUUAUAUAUUCUCCAUUUAAGCAAAUAAGAUUUAAUUUCUUAUUUAUUUUAUGUGUCAUAAUAUACAAAUAUAUGAAGUUUC